GGGAUCCAGAAUCUCCAUCCACCCACUCUCCAGCAAUGUCCAGCGAGCCGCCGCCGCCGCCGCCGCUGCCGCCGUCGGGGGCUGCGCCAGCAGCGAAACCUCCGUCCAUCCCCUCCACCACCCUCGCCACCGCUGCCCUCGCUACCGCCGCCGACGGAACCACCACCACCAUAUCCUCCCUCGGCCAAGACCAGCUUCUCGACAUCUUCCUCCGCCUGCCCAACCUCCCGGACCUCGUCCGCGCCGCGCUCACCUGCCGCCCAUGGCUCGGCGCCGUCCGCUCCUCCCCGUCCUUCCGCCGCCUCUUCCGCGCCAUCCACCCGGCGCCCCUCCUCGGGAUCUUCCUCAAAGUGGACGACGACACCGCCCCCUCCUUCGCCCCCCUGCGCCGCUCGGAUCCCGUCGUCACCGCCGCCCUCCGCCGCGGGGACUUCUUCCUCACCUCCCUCCCCCUGGACGAUGCCUGGACUGUCACGGACUGCCGCGACGGUUACAUCCUCCUAUGGAAUACUUUCUGGGCCGUGGCUGUGGUGAACCCCAUGACCUGGGCUGUGGAUGUCAUCUCCUUCCCCGACGACGUCGCGGAUGGGAGCCUUCGCGAUUUCGCCUUCCUUGGUUUCCACCUGCUGACUUCCGAGGAGAACCCCCGGUCGUUCCGCGUGGUCUGCCUCUGCGCCGACGUGUCUAGGGUUCGUGUCGCCGUCUUCUCGUCCGAGACCUCGGAUUGGGCCGUCCACCCCUGGGUGGAGAUCGGUGGCGAAAACAGCCUCAAGUACGGUGCAGGCACGCUGGUGGAUGGUUCAGUUUACUGGCCUUUCUAUGGCGAAGGACGCAUUAUCAGGAUCAACACAGCCACCAUGGAUGUCUCCUCUCUGGAUCUACCCUCACACACAACUAUUGAUUACUGGCAAGACGAUUUCAUGGUUGGGGAUACCAAGGAUGGAGAACUCUGCAUUGCCCAUGCAUCCGAUGAUUUUCUCCUCCAUGUUUGGAUCCGUAGUGUGGGUAGUGAUGGAAUUGGGAUUUGGGCGCGGCAGAACAUAGUCUCUUGCAGUGCAGAAAUUGAUCGGGUCGCUCGGGGCUUGGAGGGCCAAGUCAGGGUUGUGCAAGUGAGGUCUGGAUGUGUCUACUUCUCCAUGACACGCAUGACCCUUGCUGGCACACAGCGCACCUGGUUCUUCUACCUUUCAUUGGAGACCAUGGAGAUCGAGUUACUAAUCCAUGGCACAUUUGAUGACUGUGCCUUUCCGUAUCAUAUGGCCUGGCCUCCUUGUUUGAUUGGUGAUGAUGGGAGCACUGGACAUGAAGUUGAAGCUUCUUGCUGAAGUCUGCACUUGUUUGCCAUACGAGGAAAUGAAUGAAUGGGAUUUUUCGGCAGCAGGGAGAUUUGCGAUUUUGCGAGAGAGGAGGGGAAUCUGCGGGCGGCAAGUCGUCGUUGUGCUUGGCAUCGAAUGCAUUAUUUCUAUUGGCAGCUCAUGAGGAAAGUUGGGAAUCAACUGCAUUUGUUGUGAUCGAUUUGUACAAAGGAUACUUGAUUUUGCAAUGUAUUGCCUCGAGUAGUGGCCAGUGCUCAGAAUAUGAUACCGUGAGUCUGCCUAUCAUUUCAGAACAUUCAGCAACUGAACCUUUUAUCUCUUCUCCGGUUAUUUAAUCGAGUUCAAGUUUCAGUAUGUUA